AUGGUGACCAGUAUAGCCAUUUACAUGCCUUUUUUGCGUGCCAUAUUGAGGCUAGCCGGGGUGAGACCCCAAUCAGUGGAGAUUGAGCCAGGAACAGUGGUGCACAUUUGGGCUCCAAGUGAGACCGCAAACAAGACCAACAACCCCAAACAAGCAAAGCACAAACCGAAUAAACCUGCCGUGGUGUUUCUGCAUGGUUUUGGAUUUAAUGGCAUUCUAACUUGGCAAUUUCAGGCGCUAGCUUUGGCUAAAGAUUACUCAGUUUACGUACCAGAUUUCCUCUUCUUUGGGGGCUCAAUCACUGAUAAAACUGAGAGGUCAGCAGCUUUUCAAGCAGAAUGCAUGGCUAAAGGUCUAAGGAAACUUGGUGUAGAGAAGUGUACCUUGGUUGGAUUGAACUACGGAGGGAUGGUUGGGUUCAAGAUGGCUGAGAUGUACCCUGACUUGGUUGAUUCAAUGGUUGUGACUUGCUCUGUUAUGGCCUUGACAGAGUCCAUUAGUCGUCCUAGCCUUGAGAGAAUUGGCUUCUCAUCUUGGGUAGAACAUUUGGUUCCUGACUCAGUCGCAGCUGUUAAAAAAAUUGUAGACGUUUCCACCUACAAGUCGCUGUGGAUGCCUCAUGUCUUAUACAAAGAUGUUUUCGAGGUCGCAUAUAAGGUCAACAGGAAGGAAAAAGUUGAACUCCUCAAUGCACUCAUUGUAAAGGACAAAGACUUCAAAAUCGGUUCUUACCCACAGAAUACGGCACAGAGGAUACAUCUCUUGUGGGGAAAGGAAGACAUAAUUUUCAACAUGGAAGUCGCUCGCAAUUUGCAAGAGAAAUUACUAGCUGGGAAGGCACCAUUGAAUUACGUAGAUAAGGCAGGCCAUGCGGUUCCAUUGGAACGCCCAUUUGCCUACAACAGGCAACUCAAGAAAAUUCUUGCCUCUUUGCAUGGAGAAUGA